AUGUGGAAGAGUCCUACCCUAGCCUUGGCAUGGGCAUGUCUCUCCUUCCAAACUUUUGCGGGCCUCACCCAUGGCCCAGAUGCUGCCGUAUUCCCGCGACAGCACCCCCAUGCCUUACACGUCCGCUAUGAGGAUGCAUCUGUUCCCCCCCUUCUCGACAACCCAACAGCGUCGGACAUUGAUGCCGCGCGCAAGAUCGUCAAGGGGGCUAUCGUACAGAUGACCAAGCUAAACAAAGCUCGGCUCGACAAACCGGCUCGCAACCGCUACAAGCUCAAGCCUAGCACUGUCAUCAUGAAGAGGGACAACGCUGGCGCUGAUGAUGAAGCUCCGCCCUUGUUGCUAGACAUUACGCCGGAGAUUGCCCGUGCCGCUGCCCUUGUAGCUGACGUUGAAGCUGCGAAUAGCACUGCUUCUUCCCCGGUUCAGAGGCGUGCAGGAACCUUUUGGAUGGAACAUCUGGAGCGAAAGGGGACGAUUCCAUGGGGUGAUGAUGGUAGCUACAAGGUUUUCCGCAAUGUCGUGACUGAUUACGGCGCUGACCCCAGCGGCAAGACUGACUCGACUGCCGCCAUCCAAAAGGCCAUCAGCGACGGCAAGCGCUGCGGCGCAGGCUGCAACGGUUCAACGACCAAGAACGCCAUCGUAUACUUCCCGUCAGGCACGUACCUUGUCUCGAGCAGCAUAUCCAUCAUGUUCGGGACGCAGAUCAUUGGAGAUGCCAACAACUGGCCCAUCAUAAAAGGUGCCUCUAGCUUUGUUGGCCUCGGUGUCUUGUCUACUGACGUGUACGUCGAUGGUGGCGGCGAUGGAUCUGACGGCAAUGCUCUCGAGUGGUACAUCAACACUGGGAGGUUUUACAGUCAGAUACGGAACAUCAGGGUCGACAUCACUGCGACAGACCCAGAUGCCUAUGUCUGUGCUGUCCACUACCAGGUCGCACAGGCUACGAGUAUUCAGAAUGUUGAGUUGAUUGCCACGACGGGAACUACCCAACAAGGCAUGUUCUCCGAAAACGGAAGCGGCGGCGUCAUGUCUGACGUGACAUUUACUGGCGGCAACUUUGGCUUCUACGGCGGCAACCAGCAGUUCAGCGCCACGCGGAUGACCUUCAAGGGCUGCGCGACGGCAGUGCAGCUCAUCUGGGACUGGGGGUGGGUGUGGAAGAGUGUGAAGGUGGAUGGCGCCGAUGUAGGGUUCCGGCUUGUCAGCGACAACGGCGACGGCAAUAUCGGCUCCGUCUCUUUUAUGGAUUCGACCUUCUCCAACAUCAAGACUUCGGCUAUCAUCAUGGGUGCCCUGUCUAAGGACCCCGGAACUGGAACCACCGGGCUCAUCCUCGACAAUGUCCGGUUGGGUGGCAAUGUCGCCGACAAUAGUGGGAAUCAGUUGCUUGCUUCGGGAUAUUACAAGAGCUGGGUUGUUGGUCCUGUCUACCAAAAAGGCACCCGCACGUGGAAACAGGGCCCGGUAGAAUACGCCCGGGAGAAGACCCUUCUUGGCGCGGCUGCCGAUGGUCUCGAUGUAUCCCCCUACUUUGAGCGCAAGCGGGCACAGUACGAAGACAAGUCUGCGAGUGACUUUGUGCACCUGAAGGACGGCGGCGCAAAGGGCGAUGGUAAAACUGACGACACGGCAGCUGUGCAGGAUACGCUCAGUCGAUACGGCGACGGGAGCAAGAUCAUAUUUGUCGACUCUGGGACAUACAUCCUGACAGACACGGUGACAAUCCCCAAAGAUACCAAGAUCGUCGGCGAGGCCUGGUCACAGUUUGCCGCCAACGGGGACAAGUUCUCAGACCCGGCGAACCCGCGCGUCAUGCUGAAGGUCGGGAAGGAGGGCGACGUGGGCUCUGUCGAGAUGCAGGAUCUCAUCCUCACCACCAAGGGCAGCACUGCGGGCGCUGUGUUGAUGGAGUGGAACGUCAAAGCCAAGAGUGCCGGUCAGGCAGCAAUGUGGGAUGUGCAUGCUCGAGUCGGAGGAGCAGCGGGCACAGGCCUAACACCGGCCGAGUGCCCGCCCAUCACGACUGGCACCAACCCAACCCGCUGCAACGCAGCAAGCCUGCUGCUGCACAUCACGCCCAAAGCAUCGGGUUACUUUGACAACAUGUGGCUGUGGGUGGCCGACCAUAUGAUCGACGACGACGAUCUCGACUCGGCGUCCAACGACAUGACACAAGUGUCCGUGUACAGCGCCCGGGGCUUCCUCGUUGAGAGCACGGAAGCAACCUGGCUAUACGGCACUUCCUCAGAGCACAGCAUCUACUACCAGUACAACUUCCACAACGCCCGCAACAUCUUCACCACCAUGAUUCAGACCGAGUCGCCCUACUACCAGCCAACACCCAAGCCACCCGCGCCCUUCGCUAACGUGGUGGGCAAGUUCCCCGGCGAUCCGAGCUACAGCUGCAAAGGUGGCGACUUUGACGGCUGCGAUGAGUCGUGGGCUGUGGUCAUGGAAGGGUGCCAGAAUAUCCACAUCGGCAGCGCCGGAACAUACUCGUGGUUCAGCACAUACACGCAGGACUGCAUCGACGGGCAUACAUGCCAAAAGACGCUGUGGUGGAUAGACGGGAACCACGACAACAACCGACUGCAGCACGUCAUUGCCAUCGGGGCCAAGAACAUUCUCGUUGCCAACGGCAAGGGUGUGCUCUCGACCGACAAUCUCGCCAUCGAGGCGCACCCGGCCUGGGCACAGAUCUCCAUCUUCGACGUGCCGUCCAACGGCCCCGCCCCGACGUCCAUCAGUCCCGCCCCGUCGGACGACGACCAAUGCGAUGCCAACGACCGCACGUACAGCAACGCCCACAUGCCUGAUGGGGAGUUCUUUUAUAUGCCGUACCUCAACGACAGCAUAUGGCCGCUCCACGAAGAUUACUACAUCACCAUCGUCAACCUGACCCCCAACAAGUUUGUGCUCACGUACAAUCACUCGUGUGGAAUCUCGCCCUUUGAAUUCGGCGACAUCCCGCCAGGCAAGGCCCGCCAGAACAAGGUGUCGUACACGGGGAAGACGACGGUCGAUGACAACGGCGAGGCGCACUACAGCAUUGAGGGGACCGGGAAGACCUUCAUGCGCGAGUAUCGCAACCCCUACCAGACCUCGGGGGUGACGCUGGUCAUCACAGGCAGCGACGACUACGGCUAUGUAUCAUCGUUGACUUUCCAGCCGUACAAUUGGAUGAGGGGCAUCUACCACACCAUCAAGGACCGACAGCUGAGGCACGUGGUGAUGCCUGGGUCUCACGAUGCCGGCAUGUCGACCAUCGGCACUGCUUGGCAAGGCGCCGGGGUAAAAUCCAACACGCAGACGCAGUCGCAGACAAUGUACAACCAGCUGCGCGUCGGGUCUCGGUACUUUGAUAUGCGGCUGGUCAGUAUCAAGGGCGGAACCUUUUACGCCGCGCAUUUGAUCGACGAGCUUGCAACGUCUCCAUACGGUGCCAUCGGGGCUAAACUGGAUGACAUGAUCGACGACGUCAAUAGGUUCACCGACGAGAAUCCUGGGGAAGUCAUCAUCUGGUGGAUCAAGUACAUGGUCAACGUGGGGGAGUACGACCCCGCCCACGGGCGAGAUGCUAUAUACUGGACUGCCGAUAGGGCGAACGACUUCCUCGAUACGCUCGAAAAGAUCAAUAACCGGUGUAGCGAUCUAGACCCUGGUUUCGACGUGCAGACCGCCGGGUCCCUCAUGGAUCGCAAUGAUGGCAAGGGCUGUGUCCUUCUGCUGACAGACGGCGACGUCAAGACGGGGAGCAAGCCCAUUUUCAGGACGGGGGCCGGCAUCUACCACGGUACCGAUUACAUGGGCCGAGACGACUACUGGGCGCAGGAGACGACUCCCCAGGACAAUUCUGCUGCGCAGAUUAACCGCAUGCACGGCGUGUCCAGGGAUAACACGGGUGCCGACAAAUUCUUUAUCAUGCAGUGGCAAUGCACCCCAGACUUUACCGCCGCCACGGCGUGGCGUCUCGAGAACUACGCUGUCAAGGCGAGCAAUCCCGCUCUGUACUGGGAUGGCGUAAACGCCAUGUCGCCCGAGUCCUUCCCGACCGUCAUUCUCCAGGACUACAUUGGCCAGCUCAUCACCAACAGGGUGGGAGACGAGGGCGCCACCCACUUCGACAUGCUGGGCGCCGAGAUCCAGACCCUCGCCAUCGGCCUGAACCUGUACAUGGUCAGCCAGAACUGCAAGGUGUCACCCAACAAGAACCCGCUGCUCAAGGUUCCCCACCCCUCCGCCGACGCCGCUAUCCAAAGCCGCGCCGAUGGGGCUCUGAAUAGCAGUAGCAGCACCAAUAUUACUGCCGAUACUACUGUCCCUGACUCUGCAGACCAGACAGGUGCAGCCCCUGCUGCCGUCUUCACUGGCGUCAUCUUCGCCAACGGCACAGUUGAUCAGCAUCCGCCCAAGGGUUUCCACCUUGGUGUCUAUUUGACCCCUAGCGAUAAGUGCAGCAAUGAUUACUAG